GCCGACGCCAAGCCAUCCACGCCCCGACGACGUGCCCAUUUCACUUUCCACCUCUCCCCGCCGACCGAGUACAGCUCACCUUCCUAUAUCUUCCGACAAACCUUUAUCCCCCCGUCAUAUCAACAUGUCGUACGAAGAGCGCGCCAAUGCGCGCCCUAAUCUGGGCGAUGACUCCGAUGUGGAGGAAGAAGCGCUCGUGAAUGACUACCGCGAGCAGGUCAACUUCGACGAUAGUAUGAGCGAGCUGGACCGGACGACGUCGCUGGGAGCUGGGUCGCAAACGCAAGACCUGCAGGCACAGCUUGCUGCUGCUGCGACCCCACUGGAGUACCAGGCCACCCUGGAGACCAAAUUCGCGAGCUACGACAACUACUGCAGCCUGUUCCACUAUAUCCUCAACUCAGAAGGCCCUGUCGAUCUGGAAGUCCCUUCUUACUACUGGGCUUGGGAUGUGAUUGACGAGUUCAUCUACCAAUUCGAGUCUUUCUGCCGCUACCGCAACCGCGUCGCUCGCAGCGGCUCCAACGAGGAGGAGGCACAACUUCUCCGAGAGAACCCGAACACGUGGGGCUGCUACUCGGUGCUCAACGUCCUCUACUCCCUGAUUCAAAAGUCGCAGAUCAAUGAGCAGCUGGCGGCUAUGAAGCGGGGUGAGGACCCCCUGGCCUAUGCCGGCGAGUAUGGCUCGCGCCCCCUGUACAAGAUGCUGGGAUACUUCUCGAUCAUCGGACUGCUGCGCGUCCACUGCUUGCUGGGUGACUUCAGCCUGGCCCUCAAGACGCUCGACGACAUCGAGAUGAACAAGAAGGCCAUGUUCGCCCGCGUCAUGGCGGCUCACUUCACCACCUACUACUACGUGGGUUUCUCGUACAUGAUGAUGCGUCGCUAUGCCGAUGCCAUCCGUAUGUUCAGCCACAUCCUGGUCUACGUGUCCCGGACCAAGAACUUCCAGAAGGGUGGUAACAGCUACGACGCCAUCGCCAAGAAGAACGACCAGAUGUAUGCUCUGAUCGCCAUUUGCGUCGCCCUCCAGCCUACCCGUCUCGAUGACACCAUCCACUCCGCCCUCCGUGAGAAGUACGGCGAGCAGCUCCACCGUCUGCAGCAGGGCGGCCCCGAGGCCCUGCCCCUCUUCGAGGAGCUCUUCCGCUCCGCGUGCCCCAAGUUCAUCAGCCCCACCCCGCCCGACUUCGAUAACCCGGCUGUCAACGUCGACCCCGUCGACCACUACACCGGCAUCUUCAUGGAUGAGAUCAAGAACACCAUCCACAACCCUACUAUCCGGUCCUACCUCAAGCUCUACACCACCAUGGAUCUGAAGAAGUUGGCCGGCUUCCUGGAGGUCGAGCCCGAGAAGCUCCGCUCUUGGCUCCUGGUCAACAAGCAGCGCAGCCGCCAGGUCCGCUGGAUCGAGGGUGGUCUUCUGGAGGGAGAGCCUGCCGUUGCCAACGACCUUGACUAUGCUCUGGAGAGCGACCUCAUCCACGUCAGUGAGACCAAGGCCGGUCGCCGCCUGGUCGACUGGUACCUGAGGAACCUGGCCCGUGUCUACUAGACGAAGCCUUUUUUUCUUUUGCGGGGAAAAAGGAAGGGAAGUAUUCACUGGAGACCUCAGCAUGAGACAUGUGUUACGCCUGUAUAAGGAUCCGUGAGGUCCAGCCUCAUAAGUAGAGGAACCAGAAAGGCACUAUCAACAGUGGCUGCCUGGGUCGUCCACUGAAAAAGACGUUUGGGAAACCGCAGGUGCAGAAAGUGUCAGAAAGACAAGCCGCGGGGGAGAAAAAAAGUCGUUGGUAAUUGUCAUUUGGGAAUCGGUAUCAUAUUAUUGCUUUUUUUUCCCCUUUUCUUCUUCCCUCUCCUAGCACCAUCAUGAUUUUUCUUUUUUUCCUCUUUUUCUAUUACUUCCUCCUGUUAUGUUUCUUUGUCUAUUUUCUAUUUUGUUUCUAUCUGUUUUGCAGGUUACCAAUUAUGAUCUGCACUUGCUAUGGGUUUGGAGUGGUUAGAAUAAAUCUUAAGGAUUGUUAGGAGCUUACUCCCGGGUGCGCUUCGUUUACUCUGCUAUUGUUCACCAUGGGCUGUUGAGCUUUGCUACAUGGCCUCCAUAGCACCAAAAAGGAUACACAAGC